AUGCCCAGACUGCAAACCCCAUUAAAGCUUCGUUCCUCUUGCACAAGGCUACGGAAAUGCACCGCCCGGCGGAAAGUACUGUUUCAACUGCUAUAUCCAAUCCCGUGGCAUUUUCCAGUUCCCAUGCAGCGAUCACCAAGCGACUAUGACUCGAUAGACACCAGCUCUUUACAGCCAAAUAUACUGCAGCUCCAUAACAUUCCUCUUUACCGCUUGCGAGAUACCCCGGUGCGGUCGCUCUAUCGCUUAUAUGAAGACCUAUGCUCCGGGAACCUCAUCAUGAUGGGUUACGAGUCCGACUACUUCUUCUACCAUACCGAAAACAGCUGGCAACUAUCCCAAGUCCCCGAUCCCCGCGACACUGAUCCGAUCCGAUACGCCGUGCUUGCCAGUCUGGUCGAGGCACUCGUCUCUGCCUUUAAUUGGAAGCUGGAGCAAGGUCUGCGGCGGGACGGCACGCACAACGCUGACGGCAGCAGAGCAGUCGUCCAUCUACAAGCACGACCAACUUGGACCGCCCAGGCACAACCUCUGCUGGAACGGCUCAACCUCGGAGCGAGCGAAAAAGACGGCGCUGACCCAGACUUUCUCAAGAGGAAUAUCGAGGCGCCAAUGGGAUACCUGUAUUGUGUUUGA